UUGCAUGUCUAUAUGCAUUUCUUCAGUGUCUGUGUUUGAGGCUGACUAAAGCAGAUAAAGAAAAGCAGAGGGAAACCCCAACACAAAGGAGGAGGAGGAAAAAAAUUUGAAAAACAAAAAGAAAAGUGAGACCACAGGAAGCUCAGCAACCUACAGGAGAAGAUUCUUAAGGGUUUUAUUUCCAGUGCUAUGGCUGGAGUAUGGCGGUGCAUGUUGGCAGUGGUGGCGUUGAUGUGUGUGUGUCUGUGGGGUACCACGGAGGCUGUAGGGGGGGCCAGGAGUCGACCACGACCCCAGAGACGACCUCCUAAGAAGCCAAAAGUUGACCCUAUUGAGGAGACCCCACCUGCACAGAACAUAGACAUACAGCGGAUGACAGGAACGUGGUACCUGCUGAACACCGCCUCCAAAUGCUCUCACCUGAUACAUCAUGGCACCAAAGUGGAGCCCACAGUCAUGACCCUCACACGUCCGUCUGCUUCUGACCAAACGCUGUCUGUUAGCAUCAAAACACGUCAUAAUCACCAGUGCUGGGAGAUAUUACAGGUCUACGAUCUAUCCCCAACCCCUGGCAAGCUAACACUUAAAGGAGCUCGUCCUGAGCUGAACACAGAGAUAGUGAUCGGGGAGACGGACUACAACUCCUACGCAAUCAUGUACUACCAGAAACGGGGCAAAAUCACCAUGAAACUCUUUAGCAGGUCUACAGAUGAUUUGUCCGAGCCAUUGCUGACCAAGUUUGAGCAGCUUGCUGAAAAACAAAGUUUUGGACUGGCGUACCUCUUCCCCUUCCCCACCUACAGUCACUGUGGUGCUGUGGACCAGGACCAUGUAAUCAACUGUGUCCCAACAUGCUGAAGAGGCAGCGUCAAGCAGCAGAGAGAUCCAGCGUUCAGCAGUUCUCAUGCAAUUAAACACGCAAAUAUCUGAAUCUGAAAGACUGCACCAAGGUUUUAAAAUGAUAAAACUUUAAAUGUUACCAGUUAUGUGUGAAUAAAAGAUCAUGGAGCACAAUCAAA